CAAACUGGUUUAUCUGGUGACAGGAAGGUGAAGAAACUGAACUCUGAUCGAGAGACCCACCUGAACGAGGGAAUACCGCAGACCCGGAACCGACGAGCAGAGACACACGGAGAGGAAACGACGGAAAGCCCGGAGGAGAUGAGGAGCUCCAAGUUUCACCGAAGAAAAGUUUGACGAUUGAACGGAAGCCGGGAUGGCGCGGCGCUCUCAAUGCUCCUCAGCAGGGGAUGACCCUCUGAACCCAAACUACCUGCCUCCUCAUUACCGGGAGGAGUACCGUCUGGCGGUGGACGCUCUGGUGGAGGAUGACCUGGACGGCUACUAUCAGUUCCUCCUUAAAGCCGAUGUGGUGGACUUCCUGUCCUCCACAGAGAUCGAGUACAUCCGAGGGGCAGUCCAAGUUCCCCAGAGUGGUGAGCAUCUGGAGCAGCGUGUCCUGGAGGGUGGGGCUGACGGCUCCUCAGACACGUAUUGGCCCCUGCACUCGGACCUGGAGGCCCCUGGUCUGGACCUGGGCUGGCCUCAAACGCAUCACUUCAUCGGACCCACAGAGGUCACCACCCUCGUCAACCCUCCAGAGCCUGACAUGCCGAGCAUCAAAGAGCAGGCAAGACGACUCAUCAAGAACGCCAAACAGGUGGUUGCCAUAGUGAUGGACAUGUUCACUGACGUUGACAUAUUUGCUGACAUUCUGGCUGCUGCCAUGAGGAACGUGGCGGUGUACGUUUUGUUGGACAAGGAGAACGUUCAUCACUUCAUCAACAUGGCAGCAAACUGCAGAGUUGACCUGCAAAGCAUCCAGUUUCUGCGUGUUCGAACAGUGUCUGGUAUCACGUAUCACUGCCGAUCUGGAAAAUCCUUCACCGGUCAGAUGAUGGAUCGCUUCCUGCUGACCGACUGUCGGGCCGUGCUGAGUGGAAACUACAGCUUCAUGUGGUCGUUUGAGAAACUUCACCGCUGCAUGGCACACCUGUUCCUGGGACAGCUCGUCUCCACCUUCGAUGAGGAGUUUCGUAUUCUGUUCGCUCAGUCCGAGCCGCUAAUAGUGGACAAUAUGCUACCUCCAAUAGAAGACUUCAGCCAAUCCCAGAAGAGGAAAUACCCAUGUGAGAGAGCUUUACUGUACAGAGAGCCAAAGAGAUAUCUGUCGUUGGACGCCCCUCACCCGGACGAAUGGGUGAGACACCCUCAUGAGGACCGUACAGAUUUGGAUUGGCGUAUGAUGCCCCAUAAACGGCCUGACGUCCAGUACGGCCCAGCAGAGGUCUAUGGCAGAUUCUCAUCCCAACAACCACGGCUGGAUCCACCUUUUGACCAGUACUCCUCCAGAAUACCAAUGAUGGACAAUCCCGCCUUUAAACGUCACAGUUAUGCUGAAGGUGGUCAUGGUCGGUACUCUUUACCAUUCCUACAACCACAGGAGGUGCUGGAGCCAGAGACCCAGGGACGUCAGUUUCACAGGGGGCAGCAGCCAUAUCCAGAUUACAGCGGCUACGAGCGCUUCUGGAACCAAGACUUCGAUUCAGCUGAUCAGUACUGUGAGCCGAGUUUACCCCCCGAGUUAGACAGACUUGAAAACUUUGACCCUGUCUUAAACUAUUUAUCAUCCACCAGAAACGCAGACUUUGAGCAGGCCCCCGAGAAAAUACCGGCUGCAGAUUUACACUUUGGUUCAUCACAACCCAGGAGGCUGAGUUUAGGCCAGCCGUAUGCCUGCCAGACAUCCCCCACCCCCUCAAAUCCAAGUGAUCAGAAGCACCUUUUCUUUGAGUCUAACCCUGACCGAAAGGAUCCAGCUGUGAAACGAGGGCUGAGAAACUGGAGGAUCAGCUCCUUCCUCAGUGCCUAUGAUAAUCCAGGAGAUGACGGGCGGCCAUCAACUCCACCUAAUGCACCCGAUCCUUGUGAGGAUCCCUCUGCCUCCGUCCAGAAAACAGCUACAGGAAUAGAUUUAGCCGUCCCUAAAAUCCCUAAUGUCCGGGAGUUUAAGAUUCCAGCCUUACCUAGGGCCAGUCAGAUGCCAAGUUAUGCCAAAGCCAUAACCAGAGAGCCUCCAAAGAAAGCACCUGACGAAACAACAACCACAGAAUCCAGAUCAACCCCAACACCUUCAGAGUCAUCAUCCACCACUGAAGGAGAGAAGACAGAGGAGGCGGAGCCUAAGGAACCUAAAACUGUUCAAAGGGAGGAGUCAUUCCGCAGGAAGUACAACCCAGCUGUUCAGAGGAGCUCCAGGUUAAGGUCCUCUCUGAUAUUUAGCUCUCUUGACCAACAGCACCCCACUCAGGAUAACAAAGGUGCUACAGGCCAACAGGACCAGGAAAGUGACAAGAACGAGGCUGAGCAGAAGAAACCAUCUUACAUUUCUCCAGUCUUUGGACAAAGAAGGUCUACUCCCAGGGAACCUCUCGAAUGGAGCCGUUACCUGAAGUCGUCCACCUUCGAUAAUUCUGCCACAGACAUGCCCAGAACAGACAAUGGAGACGGCAAAGCAGACAGUGGAGAUGGAAAAGCAGAAGGCAGAGACGGUAAAGUAGAUGGUGGAGACAGUAAAACAGAUGAUAAAGACUCAGAAAAGGACAAGGGUCUGCCAGAAAAAACUGACAUUAAAGAGCCAUCUAAUGCUCCAGUUUUAGAGCAGGAGAACUCUACAGCACCUACAGUCCAACUGAAGAGUUCAGUGCCAAAGACUGAUUCAGCAGUGCAGCCUAAGAAGCCUCCUUUCAUGGCUCCAGUUUUUGUAGACAUGAGUGAUCCUGACCAGAGGUUCUUGUUCUUCAAAGAGCUGGCUGCCAAACGCAAAGCAGAGAAGGCUGCAGAGGCUGAACAGAACAAACCGCCUACUGACCCAAAGAACAACGCCACUGUGAAAGAGGAACCAAAAGAACACCUGGAGAAAAAACCUGGCAUGUCUCAGCAUCUGUCAGAAAAACAUGCCCCAGCAGAGGAUGCUGGGAAAACAGACUGUACAGAAAGCUUAAAAGCUGUCAGUCAACCUUCAGAUCAGAGCAAAGAGGGUGACCAUUUCUCAAAGAAAGAUGCCAAAACCCCCCAGAGCGCCAAAGAUGAACAAACCAGAAAUUCCACUGAAUCAGAGAAGAAUGAACCAAAGGAGAGCCAAUCAGGAGGCUUGCUGCAUGUCUCUGCAGAAACACAAACACCUGAGGGCGAAAAGACAAAGCUGUUAAAUUCUACUGAAAAAAAGGGUUGCACCCUCACACCGACUAAUCCUGUUCCUGAUAGACCUACUGAAGAAACUCCACACCUGAAGUCUACCUCACACCAUCCACCUUCACUGACCUGGUCAAAGACCACCCUAUCAUCCUGUGAAAAACAAGACCAAUCAGAACAGAGCUGUGAAAUACAAGACCAAUCAGAACAGAGCUGUGAAAUACAAGACCAACCAGAACAGAGCUGUGAAGAACACCACCAAUCAGAACCGAGCUCUUCAUCUGACAUUGAUCUGACUGUUUCUGGUUCACAGGUCAGCCCUGGAUUAGAAACCAAACAUCCACAAGUUGCUCCAGCUGAUUCUUUGACAUCCACCGUGUCAUCUCUCCAUGUCGAAGAUUCUGCUAGCCAAUCAGAUCUCUCCCAGCCAGCUGAAGAUAAUUUACAUCCUGUUUCCUCGUUAAUGUCGCCAGAUAACAGAGCGGAUGUUUCAGACUCUAUCAUUCCCUCUGGUGAGCCGUCCAUCGGCCUUGAAGAAGGAUACCACUCAUGCUCAGAUGUCAGCCAGCUGAUUGGUUCAGAAGAGCAGGGUACCAGUGAUGGUACAGCUCCAAGCACGGGCACACCUUCACCUCAUCUGCCUGACCAACAAAGAGAGUCCAAAUCUGAUCAAAAUGAGCCCUGGAAAAUGUCCGUCCCCUUAGCAGGACCUCAAAACAGUCCCUCCACAGCUCAGAACCUGUCCUCUGAGCUCUGCUCUUUACCUGAAACACUUAAAACACCUGGAACUCCCACAGGAUCAGGUGUUCCUCUGACUAAAACUGUUUUAACACAAGAAACAACAACUCAGAGACCCUCAGAUUUUUUCUCACCAACCAGUCCGACAUCGAUCAACCCAAAGAUGGUCAGUCCAAGAAAAACCCGUCCAACGACACUGAUCAGUCCAACAAUGACAACUGAUCCAGCAACGAUUGGUCAAACACCAACCAGUCCAACAAUGAUCAGUCCAUCAACGAUCAGUCCAAUAACGAUCAGUCAAACACUAACCAGUCCAACACCAACCAGUCCAACUAGGAUCAGUCAAACACCAACCAGCCCAACAACAAUCAGUCAAACACCAACCAGUCCAGUAACGAUCAGUCAAACACCAACCAGUCCAACAACGAUCAGUCAAACACCAACCAGUCCAACAACGAUUGGUCAAACACCAACCAGUCCAAUAACGAUCAGUCAAACACCAACCAGUCCAACAACGAUCAGUCAAACACCAACCAGUCCAACACCAACCAGUCCAACUAGGAUCAGUCAAACACCAACCAGCCCAACAACAAUCAGUCAAACACCAACCAGUCCAGUAACGAUCAGUCAAACACCAACCAGUCCAACAACGAUUGGUCAAACACCAACCAGUCCAACAACAAUUGGUCAAACACCAACCAGUCCAACUAGGAUCAGUCAAACACCAACCAGUCCAUCAAUGAUCAGUCCAACAAAGAGAGAAACUUCUGAUGGUGACCUGCUUCCCCAAACAGCUGAGGGUGUUUGUCCAAUGGCGCCCCCUGCUGGCUCACCUGUACCCCCUGAAAGCACAAAUGGCAAGGAGGACAUCAGCAGUGAGUGUGAAACGACCAAUCAAAGGGAGCCUUCAGACAUCACCAUGGACAGUAACCAAACCACUGAUCAGCUGGUUGGUGAGAAAACUAACGAUGCUGAUGUGGCAUCAGAGGACGUGGUUCCUCCGCCAGUUCAGUCCAAACAUCAGAAGUCGACUUUGUCUCGAUACCAUUCGUCCACCACCAGUGUGCUCUCGAGCAGCAACCUGAGAGAUGACACCAAGCUGCUGCUGGAGCAGAUUUCAGCCAACAGCCAGAACAGGAACGAAGCGCCCAAAGAGUCAGCGGUCACUGACGAUGAGAAAGAGGACGAAGCUGACAAAAACGCCAAGAGGGAAAAAAAUCUGAGAGGGAUCCACUCGCUGAGCCAAGCACCGCCAAAGUCCAGCGAGGAGCGUGAGAAGCUGCUGGAGAGAAUUCAGAGCAUGAGGAAGGAGAGGAAAGUUUACAGCCGAUUUGAGAUGGGACCAUAAAAAAGCAGACGGCAUGCUGAGGCAGUGUGGAGACAGUUUCAGCACAUUUAAAGACUGUUAUCAUCCUGGAGCAUAUUCCAGUUUAAUUCACCAGCUGGCUUUACUGGUAGUGAAAACACUCAGACUUUGAGGAUGAAUCAGGCGACUACGGGGCUAAUGUGCAACAAUCAGCAGUGUGACAAUCAUGAUGGGGGUGGAAGGACGUGGUUAAAUAAACAGAUUCAGACAUCUGGAGAAGAUAUAAAGAUACAUCUACAUGUACAGUAAGCUGACAUUUAUGUGCAGUGCAUCCUGGGUAGUUGCGUCCAAUUCCAAAGGAGCAUCCUCCUAAAAGCCUUUUAAAAUUGGACAUGUGAAAAACUUUAGAGGAGAAGGAGAUAAGGAAGAAGUAACUGUGAUGAAGAUCAAUGUGAGGUCAGUCAGAUGGACAAGGAUGAUGAUGGGUUGUGAUGUUAGGGAUGGAUGAUGUAAUCAGCAUGACAUGAGUUUCAGCUGUUAUUUAAUUGUGAGUUUGGCUAUACAAAUCUGUCUAUAUCAGCUGUAAAUAUUAGUCUAUAUCAGCUGUAAAUAUAAGUCUAUAUCAGCUGUAAAUAUGGGCCUACAUCAGCUGUAAAUAUUAGUCCACAUCAGCUGUGAAUAUAAGUCUAUAUCAGCUGUAAAUAUUAGUCUAUAUCAGCUGUUAAUAUCGGCCUACAUCAGCUGCAAAUAUCUGCCUGUAUUGGCUGCAAAUAUUGGUCCACUUCCACUGUAGAUAUCGGCCGACAUCAGCUGCAAAUAUCAGCCUACAACAGCUGUCAAUAUCGGCCCCAUCAGCUGUAGAUAUCGGCCCACAUUAGCUGUAAAUAUCGGCCUACAUCAACUGUAAAUAUCGGCCUACAUCAACUGUAAAUAUCGGCCUACAUCAGCUGUUAAUAUUGGCCUUCAUCAGCUGUUAAUAUGGGCCUACAUCAGCUGUAAACAUUUGCCUACAUCAGUUGUAGAUACCUCCCUUCUUCAGCUGUAAAUAUCGGCCUACAUCAACUGUAGAUAACAGCCUUGGUGAUGGUGAUAAUGAUGGUGAUAAUGAUGAGGAUGAUGGUGAUAAUGGUGAUGGUGGUGAGUGUGAUGAUGAAGAUGAGAACCAUGGUUAUGUUGCUAUGCUAUAUGACAGCUGGAUAGCUUGGUGAUUAUCACAAUUGGCUUUGUUUCAGGAGAUCUGGGGUUUGAAUCAGACGUAUGCUCAUUGUGCCUUGGUCAGUGCUCAGUGAGUAUCCAGUGUGGGCCCUUGGGAGAGGCCCUUAAUGCCAGGAACACCAUUCCCAGUUAGAUGGUUUCAAAGAAAGAUAUUUUAACAUUGUACUGGAUGUGAUGACAACAGCUUGUUACGUUUAUCAUAGAUCAGGUGAAAAAAUUAGGACAGGUUUGGGGAGAAGACCAGUGCAACCAUUUGGCAUCAUUACCCAGGGUGCUUUGCACAGAACUCUCAGCUUUUAUGUGAACUGGGGAUUUCAAUCUGGAGAUUUUCUUGGACCCACAUGGAUGUAAGGACACUGAUGUUAGUGGAACAGACUCUUUCUCAGAAACUGUCAUAUUCAAGUUUAUAUAUUCAUACAUUUAUGAUAUUAAAGAUUCUUCUAUUUUUAUUUGUUUAUAACAAAGUGAAAUUUUAAACCUGGUUAAAUCUGAUGUAAAUAAUGAAACUUUAUAUGUCGAUGAACUGUAGCUCUAGUGAAAAUCUGCUUUUAUUUAUGAUAUGAACCAAACCAAACCAAAGCCAUUGUCUGACCGAGUCUCCAGGAGAUCAUGUUUGGCAGUCACGCAGAUCUUGAUUGGUUGUUUUUAUGUAUUUAAAUACAGAUUUUUUAAAGACUGGACUCCUUCAGGGCUCAAUAACUGAUUGGAUUUUUCAAGAGUUUAUAAAAAUUCUGUAUUAAAAAUGGCACCAAAGUUUUACAUUACUUUUACACUGAAAACCAAACCUUGUUGAAUUAACUUCAUUCAAUAGUGAACAUUUUUCGUACACAUUAUGUUUUUCUUUUGGUUAGAAUUUAAAGAAUCCUGUUAAAUCAACAUCAACUAUUUAUGUUCUUUGUGUUUAUAUAUUAUUAUCAGAAUUUGAUUCAAUAAAAUAAAUAAAAUCAC